AUGUCGAGAGACUGUCAGUUUGCAGACAUGCUGAAUAUUCCUUUAAAUGGACGAAAAAGAGACCUGUGCAAUCGACAUGAAAUGUGUUAUCACUGUGGUACCACCAUUGGCCUUGGAGCAUCCAUCUGUGACCGAGGUUUUCUGGCCGACUCUAUUAAGGAGUGCAAUGGAAAUUUGAAUUGUAUACACCUUGCUGACAUCUUCCUCCGCCUCAUGCGUGUGACCCACAACUUUAACACCAUGCCCAACAAUGUCUGCAAUGUGGCCUGCGUUCGCGACUACACAUACAUACGCUUUUUCCUUCCCUUCCACUCUUUCUUUCUCCCUCCUCUCUCUUUCUUUCUCCCUCUCUCCUUUCCCUAUCUCUCUCUUUCUCCUUCCUUUCUCCUUCCUCUUUCUCUUUCCUUUCUUUUAUCUCUCCCUCUUUUUCUUUGCCCCUCUCUCUUCCAUUUUCUUUUUUUCACCCACUUUUCCCCUUCAAUCUUUUUCUCUUUUCUCUCAACGUCACUUUCGCUCGCUUUUGUCUCUACAUACGCCUCUUCUUCUUCUUCUUCUUCUUCUUCUUCUUCUUCUUCUUCUUCUAUUCUCACACUCACAUUCGAUUUCAUACUCUCUCUUUCAUCCCAUCUCUUUAACUUCCUCUCUCACUCGUUUUCUCUUACUCCCUCUCAUUCAUUUAUUCCUUCUUUCCUCUCUUUUCUUUUUCUCUCUCUUUCCAUUCUCGCUUUCCUUCCUCCCCUUCUCUCUCUUUCUCUCUUUCCCUUCUUUUUCUCCUUCCUUCGUUCUUUUCCUUCCUUCCUCUCUUUAUCUUUACUCUCUCUGUCCUGA